AUGUCAGUUGGAAUCUCCGCGAGGGAUGUCUUGGCCGUCAGUUCGUUAGCUAAGGACAUAUGUUCGUGCUUGAAAGAGAUCGGGGGUGCGAAGACCGAAUAUCAAGACCUCGAGAGGGAGCUGGAAUGCCUUCAAAAGGCACUCACCCACCUUGAUAGGCUACAGUCGAAGAAGCCGUCGCCUACAAUCGACUCAAUCCGAUUUGCCGCACUGAGCUGCCGAAGGCCUCUCGAGGAGUUCCUGCGCAAGAUUCGAAGAUACGAGACUUCCCUCGGCCCCGGGUGCGGAAAGAAAUCGCUCCAAGGCGAGCUUGAUAAACUCCGGUUUCGAUUCGGUCAAAGUGACGAGAUUCGCAAAUUGCAAAACUACCUCAGUGUUCAUCUUGGAACGAUCAACAUCCUCCUCGCAGAGCACAGCCUGGAGACAAUGAUGCUUGCGUCUGAAGAGGCAGAGUCCGAACGGCUCCGGAUUCACCAAAGGCUGGACGACACACAACAAAUAUUACGUCGAGUCCAGGAUAACACCUCCGCCCAGACAGCAGCUUAUUUUAACGCCAUGUCAAUAUUGAACAAGGUUCAUUCCAUCUUGAGCGGAGAGGCCCAGUCUCCAUGGGCAUUUAUGAAGGAAAUUGUGGUGAAAGCCUGCGUGUCUACCCAGCAAAUUUACUCUGUCGUGCUGGACAUCAAGGCUUCAAUAGCAAGCAAGGUGGACGUCCGAUGGUCCUUUUUCCAGGACCCCCUCAUCUGUGAAGAUGCCCUUGGCCGGAAAUUUCCAGUGCCUUCUGAGUAUGAUUUUACAAUGCUAAAUGUCAUCAUUCGACAAAGAUUCCAGACUGGACCAGGGUCUGCUGAAGUUGCCUUGGGAGACUUUGAAAUCACCGAGGCUACAGACCGAUCGAGCAUCUUAUCCGAGUCCUCCUUUUUGCGACCCGGAAGCUCCUUACUUAUGGCGAUUCUAAUAGAAAAGCAACCUAUAAUCAUGCCGGAGGAGACUUGUCGCAUUUGCUAUUCCAGCGUCAGCGUAACGAGAAAGGUAGAUGGAGGCGGCAGAAUAUGGUGUAAUGUAUGGUUCGCCGUGUCUGCCAAGAAACGCAAGGCGAUAGAUACCUUGGAGGCAUCAUUCCUCCAGCAAAUGCAGGACCUUAUUGCGAACAGCGGUGAACCGACCCAAAGCACCACAAGGAAGCGCCAAAGAAUAACCUACAACCAUGAAAGUGUGAGGGCAUUCAAAAAUGUGAGCUUUGGGCCAAGAAAGUAUUAUGCGUGUGGUCAAUGUCAACCUAGAUAUGUACGACCCAAUCUCUUCCUCUUCACUAUAACAAUCGAAUUUGUUACGGACACUGGCGCUGCCGAGAAGACACAGGUUUUCACUAGAGCCGAGUAUCUGAUUGAAAUGGAAGGGCGUCUAUAG